AUGUCAAUCAACACAGUUCAACUGACUCCAGGUCAUAAUCUCCCAUUACAACACGAUGUCCUUACUGCUGGACACACAGCAGAGAUCGAGCUCAAAGUCCCAGCGACCAUCCAAGGUCCCAAACGAACUGAGACCGCUAAGGGCAGAAUCUGGGUGACUGAUCAUAGAGUGAUAUUCGUAGCGGAUACUUUGGAUUUACCAGGACCUUCAUCAGCUGGAAGUAAUGCACCGCCAAAUCCACCGGGAUAUGACGCUCCGCCCGUAUUGAGUUCGGUAGAGAUUCCUUAUAAAUCCCUUCGAACAGCGACCUACAACCUCCCAACGUUCUCAGCAAACCAUCUUGUUCUCACCUUCGUACCUUCCCCCACACCCGCAGGCGCAUCACUGCCUAAUCCAGGUAUCGGUCAGUUCAUCGAAUUGAAAAUCUGGGUAGGGGAAGGUGCAGGUCAUGCGGUUUGGAAGAGGAUCAAGGGGGAACGAAGUAGGGUUGAAGAGAGGAUGAGAGGUAGGGAUGAGGAAGAAGAGGGUUUACCUGCUUAUGCACCUGCAUAA